AUGCAAACUUUGAAUUCAUUCCUCUGGAGAUUCUUAAACAAGCCUGCAUUUUUAUUUUUUGCUAAUAUGAGCUAUAGGAAGGACUUUUCUGCUUUUAUUAAUUGAGUCAGUUGCAGCAAAACUAAGGCUGAAGAUAGAAGUGAAGAGUUCAAUGCUUGAAUACCAGCGUCAAAAAAUAAUAAUAUCUCUGUGGAUUUUCUGGGAGAUUUUUAA